CGGGGUGGGGCUCGCGCCCGCUCCCUCCCCGCGCCGCCUGGCCCCCGCCGCCCGGGGGCUGAGCGCGUCUCCCGGGGGCGAGGCCCCAUCCCUCCGCGGCGGCGGCUCCAUGGUGCCCGCCGCCCCCCCCCGCCCCGCAGCAACAGGCAGGACGAGGAGGAAGCGGCCCCCAGGGGUGCCCACCGCCCCGCCGCCGGCUUGAGCAACACCGCCGCAGCGGGAGCCACCGAGCCGGGCGGGGGGCGCCCGCGGGCUGCCGGCGAUGGCGAACCAGCUGGUGAUCCUCAACGUCUAUGACAUGUAUUGGAUGAAUGAAUAUACUUCUUCCCUUGGAAUUGGAGUGUUCCAUUCAGGUAUAGAGGUGUAUGGCCGAGAAUUUGCCUAUGGUGGUCAUCCAUACCCUUUUUCUGGAAUAUUUGAAAUUUCACCAGGAAAUGCUUCUGAGCUAGGAGAAACGUUUAAAUUUAAAGAGGCUGUGGUUCUAGGCAGCACUGACUUCAUGGAAGAUGACAUAGAAAAAAUAGUAGAAGAGCUUGGAAAAGAAUUCAAAGGAAAUGCUUAUCACCUAAUGCACAAAAACUGCAAUCACUUUUCUUCAGCUUUAUCUGAGAUUCUGUGUGGAAAAGAGAUUCCACGAUGGGUGAACCGCCUUGCUUACUUCAGCUCCUGCAUACCAUUUCUUCAGAGCUGCCUGCCGAAGGAGUGGCUAACGCCUGCAGCCCUCCAGUCCAGCGUUAGCCAGGAGCUGCACGAUGAGCUGGAGGAAGCUGAGGAUGCAGCAGCAUCAGCUUCCUUGGCAAGCUCAGCAUCCGGGUCUAGAACUGGUCACCACACCAAAUUAUAAAUCCUCCUCCAAAAUAAUGAACGGUUUGAAAUACUUCAGCUAAAUCUCUCCAGCAAUUGACUUCCUGACAGAACAUGAGAGCUGACUCUAGAACAUUCUUUUGAUAUGCAAAAAAGGUUCUCAUCAACCCCUGUUUCAGCUCAGGAUUAUUUAUGUAGUGAAAAGAAUUGCUGGUAGAAAAGGGAAGGAUUUUGUGUGAAGCCACCCUUUUCAUUUCACCUGCUUGGUAAGCCUGGAUUAACUUAACAUCUUGUAUAAAGCAGAACUGAAAUUAUUUGUUUACAGUAUUGUGUACUGCUGUUUACAAGUCCUGUAAGGACUCCUGCCACCGUGGAAGAAGAGAGAAUUUGGGUUUGAUUUAACUGUUGGCAUAACUCAAAAGCAGUGAUAUGAUGCCCCAUUGUUUUCAAGAUUUAAGGCAGGCGAAUGUAAAGUUUCUGAGAAAUGCAGGAAACUGCUGAAUAAUGUGUAUGUGAACAGGGUACUGUGCCCUUGAAGUGGCUGAUGUAAACAGGUAGAUGCCAGGAUGCAGGGAGACUGGCUUUGUCCAAGAUCUGUUGCUAGAAGUAUGACCUCUACAGUAACAAGACUGUGGAUUUUUGCACAUAUGAAGGGAAAUUUCUAUCUCAUUACGAUGCACAUUGAUCCCUUAUUUUAUUUUUUUUUUACCUCAGCCAUAUAGUUUUCAUCUUCUUUUUGUAUUUACAGUCUACUUCAAUCAGGAUUUAGACAUGAGAACAUCAUCUCUUAGAAGCGCCAACACUUUUUUUUCCCCACUGUUAGCUUCACUUGCUUUCAAACCCCUAUAUAAAAGUUAGUACUUGCAUUCUUUUUUUUUGUUUUAUUUUGUUUGUUUCAUAUAGUUUGGAGUAGCCAUUUACAGUUGGGGAAUGGCCUUGCUUUCUGCUGCUGAUUUCACUUCAUUUGAGUAAACUUUCUAGUCCUUUUUUUGUGAGCUAUGAAUUACUGCCCAGUUGUGAAUAUCUACACAAAUUAUAGAGAAAUCCUAAUUUAUUUUCCCACAGUCUCUAUCUGUGGCAUUAACUUUCUUGUCAGACGUAAUGAAAAAAAAUGUGAGAAUUGCUUAUGCACCUGCGUGUUUACCCAGCAGAACCCACUAAUCUGCACACGUAAUUAUAUCUGAAGGUAAGAGAUACUAUUUUCUGAAACACAGAACUGUGUUUCCUUGUAGAUUAUAAUUAGAGCUAAAUUAUAAUGAGUGAUCGGAAUAUACAAUGGAAUGCCUUAUUCUUGUUCACUUACCAAGAGAAUUCAUGGUUCUUCCAGUCAUUAGUGUAAAUUAGUGCGGUUCUCUUGUGCACGUAACAAUCCAGUAGCACAAACACGAGGGAGGUGAGCUUGUGUGUUUUGAAAGUCUUACUGCCUUAAACUAACAGAAUCCAUACCAUCCGUGAACUGUCAGCUCACAAAGAACUGUGCAUACUACUACAAGUAUGAAUGAUUCUUACAAGCUUUAUUUUCAGUCUGUUGCUGGCUUAGUUUUUCUAUUAGGCGAAAUACUGACUCUACAGUUUCUGCUGGUUAAAGGGAAAAAAAAAGCCCUCUGAGGAGGGAAGAAUGUGUCCUGUUAUGAAUGCUCCCAGACACAAGUAGUUGCGGCCACUGAACCCCAGAGGAAGGUGCAGUAGGCUGUGUCAUAGUAAGAAUCCUUCAGAUUGCCAACUGGAGCUCGUGUCACAGAAGAGCAGAAGCUUUUCUGCUCUCAGGUGGGUUGGAUCCUUUGUCGGGCAGUCUUUCAGUUCUCACUGGUCUUCUGUGGUGCAGGGUAGGUACAGAGAGAGAGAGAUGCUCGCUUCUGGGAUGGGGAAAAUCAAGCGAGGCUUUCUCUGGAAAGAGGGGGAUAAGAGUAGAAGUCUCUACCAAACUGUAGUUUGGUACGUGUGUUAAUGAUCUCUUCUACCAAGUGGGAAACGCUCGAGACUGACAAGUCAGGCACUAACUCUGUCCUCAGCUUGAUCUCCUCAAGCUGGACAUACUGACUCUCCCUGCUGGGUGCUUUUGAAUCUUGAAUCUCUCAAUUUGAGUUCUGCCAUCUUGUUUUCCUGUAGUGAAAAUGAAUAUAGUGGUCUCCAGCCAGUUCUCACCAAGCAUUACAGAAAACCGAAUCUCGCACUACUGACAAGCCAAGGCAACGGGCCGCAGACAGGUUGUUUUGUCUCUGCUGUGCAGCUGAGGUAGUAAUGUGACUAAGUCUCUUGGCCAAGGCAGGUCCUUUAUUUCAGCUCAGGUUUGAGGCCACUGAUCUAGCAAUGUACUGUAGCUUUUCCUAGGUUUUAGGAAAAAUAAAUAGAAUUAAUUUUCAUUGCUACCUAACUUUUAUGUACCAGAAUCAGCUUUUUAGGCUUCUGAUACAUCCAGAGCGCUAGGUCACAAAUCUCUACACCUUCAUUAACACACACAAGUACAGCAUGUACAAUGCAAGAACGUGACAGAUCACAGCACAGUUUUUAUUUAGAAGUAAAACUAUUUUUUAUAAAGCAGACUGGAAAGUUUGUAACAAAAGUGUUCAUUUUAUCAGUAGCUGUACAGGUGAAAAUAAAGCACCACGGUUUCUUUUUGUUUGUUUGGAAACCACCCAUUUGUAAACCCCAUGAGGAAACUUGACACGGAACCCUGAAGGCUGCUGGGUGUCCUGUGACAGCAGCUGAGCUGUGUGUGUCAGCUGAGCGCUGCUGGACACCCCCCAGCAGUCACCCUGCCAGUGGUUACUACCAUUUUUUAGCAAUAGAGCAAGUUACCCUUCACCAGCAUUACUGCCAAGCAGGGAUCACUUCAGCCUACUAAUGACCACACUGUGCUAGGACUAGAACACUCCAAAAUGCUGUGAGAAAGCUGGUCACCUGUGGAGUCUUUUCCAUUGAAACGGGUAGAAAAAUAUCACUACUUCAGGGUUCUGCUCUGUUUACUUUCUCAUUGUUUGAUUUUCUGUAAGAUAGUCCUUUUGAUACGCAUUCUAUUGUUUAACUCGACGUCAUCUUAUUUAAAUGCCAUUUUCUGUUCAGCAAGCCAAAAAAAUCCAAUGUACUGUCAGUGUGCACCAGUAACUUCAGAGUGGCUUGGUAAAAACACAGUUGCAUUACUUCUUAAAUUUGCAAUGCAAUUCUGAUCACUAUUGAUAUAUGAUGAUUUUCACUGUUGGAAGUCGGUUACAAGCUGAAUAUUCACUGAUGCAUUUUUUGUAAACUUGUAUUCAAGUUUACUACAUAGUAUUUGUAUAAAAUUCAAAGAAUUUUGACUUUUGUUACCUGUACAUGGCAACAAGUUGUCUUAGCAUCUGAAACUUAAAUCCAUCAGUUUAUUAAAAAUACUUUUUAUAAAAAAGGA